AACAUUACCAGCUGUACGUCCCUGAAUCUGCUCAAGUUGGAUCGGCAGUUGGCAAAAUCAAGGCAAAUGAUGCAGACACUGGCUCAAAUGCAGACAUGAAGUACACCAUCAUAAACGGUGAUGGCUCUGGUGUGUUCUCCAUAUCUACUGACAAAGACACAAGGGAAGGAAUUCUUUCUCUUAAGAAGCCACUCAACUAUGAAAAAAAGAAAUCCUAUACCCUUAAUAUAGAAGGAGCAAAUACUCAUCUUGAUUUCCGCUUUUCACACUUGGGACCAUUUAAAGAUGUAACAAUGCUGAAGAUCAUUGUUGGCGACGUGGAUGAACCUCCGCUCUUCACUAUGCCUUCUUAUGUCAUGGAAGUUUAUGAAAAUGCAAAGAUUGGGACUACUGUUGGCACCGUAACAGCACAAGAUCCUGACACAGCCAGCAGUUUAGUGAGAUAUUUCAUUGAUCAUAACACAGAAGAAGAUAGGUAUUUCACCAUUGAUGCUAGUACGGGGACCAUUAAGACUGCCAAGAUCUUUGACAGAGAGGAAACACCUCGGUACAACAUCACGGUGGCUGCUUCUGAGAUAGACAACCCUGGGCUAGUGAGCCAUGUUCCAGUUGGCAUUAGAAUCCUGGAUGUCAAUGACAACCCUCCAGAGCUCGCCCGAGAGUAUGAGAUAGUUGUCUGUGAGAAUGCAAAGCCUGGUCAGGUAAUUCAGACUAUCAGUGCAACUGACAAAGAUAACUCUGCAAAUGGGGCAAGAUUCCAUUUUUCUCUUGAUGAAGGGCUCUCUUUGAAUCCCAACUUUACUCUAAGGGAUAAUGAAGAUAACACGGCCAGUAUCCUGACGAGACGAAGGAGAUACAGUCGAACCACUCAGGAUGUCUAUUACCUCCCAGUUUUGAUCUCUGACGGUGGAACGCCCCCUCUCAGCAGCAGCAGCACUCUCACCAUUAGGGUUUGCGCAUGUGAAAGAGAUGGACGUGUGAGGACUUGCCAUGCUGAAGCUUUCCUCUCCUCUGCUGGCCUGAGCACAGGAGCUCUAAUUGCAAUCCUGCUCUGUGUUGUCAUUCUUCUUGCAAUUGUGGUCCUUUUCAUCACCCUAAGACGUAGCAAGAAGGAGCCCUUGAUCAUUUCAGAAGAAGACGUCCGGGAAAAUGUUGUCACAUAUGAUGAUGAGGGUGGUGGAGAAGAGGACACUGAAGCAUUUGACAUCACAGCGCUGCGAAAUCCAUCAGCUGCUGAGGAGCUAAAAUAUCGGAGGGAUAUUCGUCCUGAGGUGAAGCCUGUGCCCAAGCAUCAGCCCUCUUCAAGCCUUGAUAGUAUAGAUGUUCAGGAAUUCAUUAAACAAAGACUGGCAGAGGCUGAUCUGGACCCCAGCGUUCCCCCAUACGACUCACUACAGACAUAUGCCUAUGAGGGUCAUAGAUCAGAAGGUGGCUCUAUCAGCUCUCUGGAUUCAGUCACAACACACUCUGACCAGGAUUAUAAUUACCUUGGAGACUGGGGGCCUGAGUUUAAGAAGCUAGCUGAACUCUAUGGGGAAAUAGAAUCAGAAAGAACAACUUAGUUGUAAUUCCAAGAACAGAGAAGUUCCUAAACAACUGGAGGUACAAGAACAGCACCAGUAACAGUAAAUGAAUACAGUACUUGGAACUGAGCAAGUUGUACACAGUUACUGUAGAAACAAGUGCCCUUUUCAUAUUUGAAACUGGGUUCUUCAAUUGGAAGAAAGUCAAAUUUUGAAAAAUACAGAAAAAAUAAGCUAUUUGUCCCUUGUGUAUAUUUUUUAAUUGCUCAAUAAAGUGUGUGGUACCAUAUCCAUAACAAUACCUAAAGUAAAGCCAAGCAAUGACAUCUUUAUUGCAAUAUACUUAACAUGUCAGAGCUACUAUAGCAAGUCUAUGGUCAUACCUGUUUAGGAAGAUAACUCUUGGAAGAGCAAAUCUAUUGCCGGUGGUUGUGACAUUGCAUUUCUGGCUGUUCUCUAGGCCUUGUUUGAUCCCAAUAUGCAGUAGCGAAUGAGGUUUACUACCAGUGUGAGAAGUCCUACCAGUCUCUUCCUUUAGAGAAGGAAUAUAUUGCAACUGUCCUCUCAAAUAAACAGUGCUUUGAUAUAGGCCCCUGUUUGCAUCAGUUUGAUCUGACUGAAUUAGCAGGUUGCAUUCAGAAUACGUCAUUUCAUUAUAUUCUUCAUAAUCUUUUCCUCCCUAACCAGCUAACGGAGCAAGAACAUAAUUAGCUCUCUGAGCAAAACAUGGUUCAAGCCCAUACCCCCAGACCUGCUCUGUUCUGAGCGCUGGAGGAACUGUUGUGUCCAGUGUAUGUAUGUUUUUCUUCUUUUUGUCUUUUCACAGGAAUAUCAUCCCUCUAAAUGGAAAGAGUCUGAAGUGUUCUUUAUGCAGCAAAGCAGAUGAAGCACAGGCUCUUUCAAUAAGAACAGCAAUGGCAGCACCAUUAAACUAUGCAGUUGCUUGCUUCACUAUGCUUCGCUUAGGUCGAUAGAUGAUGCUUUUGAAGUCUUUUGCUGCCUUGAAUCCAGAAGCUACAACAGUCAAUUGAUGAGCCAGAGUUCAUAAUCAUAAUGUUUCUCUAUUUCCAUGUGUGACUAAAAGCAAAACAGAGCUGCUGGUAAGAUACUGGAAUAGACAUGAUUGAAACAACAAGGAGUUUAAGAUGAUGUUGCUUUCUUAUUUUUAGUUCAAUUCAAUUUAGCUCAAUUAAUUUCUCUCAGUGUAAUUUCUCUCAAAGCCAGCUUUUUUCUCCCUGUGUCAAGCAUUAUGGGAACGAGAACAUAUUUUAAGUCAGUUGAGGGAGGAAAAACUAAAAUGUAGACGUGCCGUUGUUGGGGUUGCGAUUGAUCCCUUCUGUUAGUAUUUUCUUAGCAUUGCAGAACUUGCUCCUUAGGCUGCUUAGUCCCUGUUUACCAAUCUUUUGUGCUGUAGACUGGUGUGGAGAAGUAACAGAUCUGUAGACUCCACUAGAUUCCUCCGUAUGCAUUUGGAGUGUUGCUUUCCUUCAGCUUGGUAGAGAAGGGAGUACCUCUUGCCUCUUUCUCCAAGCAGGGCCGACAUGUCCUAUGGUGGGCCACACAAGUGAACCAGAACUUUUUUACCCUUUCCUUCUGUACUGUAUGGGGAUAGGUGCCAGAGGCAGGUGCCAGGCAUGACUGGAACGUUUCAUCAACCCAUUUGAAAUUAAUCUUGUUUUGAGGAUUUUUAUUUGUUUAUGGACUCUCUGUGAUUUUGUUGAUACCUUUUGGUUUACACAGCUUACUAAAGAAGUAAGCAGGUAGGUUUGAAAGAAACUUUUCAAACUCUAAAAAGUAUUCAUUGCGCUGUACUUCCAGAAUUGUCUUUUACCCCACACUAUUUUUUCCAGUGUUUCUUUCUCCUAAAAUGAAACAAAUGGAUUUGUGUAAAACGUUUAUGGAACAUAUAAUAACCUACAACUUUAAAAAAAGAAUUAUGAGCUUUGGGAACUUUGCCACUUGCAAAGGUUAAUGUUUCCCUUUCUGUCAAUAUCCAUACCGUCAAGGCUAUUUAGAGGGAAUAAAACCCCACACUCUAAAGUGUUCUUCUGCUGAUUUGAAGGUAGCUUAAUAAUCUGUGUUGUUCCAGCUUUUUUUAAUUACCAAAAAGAGGAAUCUUCCUAGAAAUGCCUUUAAGGAGAUGUUCUUAUUAUAGAAAAAAGUGUAACAGAGAAGCAUCUGUUAAUGCAGCGAGAAUUUCGCACAAGCUGAGAAUGGUGAAUGUAUGUUAAUGUUUAAGUUCUGUCCCAAAUGAAGCAACUAUGAAGUACAGAAUUUUGUGAGGAGAAAUACCCUUCUGCUUUAGAUCACACUUGCUUUAUGCCAACAUCUCAUUUUUUAUGCUGUAUAAAUAGAAUGAUGAGGUGAAAAUGCUGACAAUUUCAACAUUUGUAGUACCAUGGGCCAUAAUACUUUGUAGCUCAUAUGAUGAAACUGCAUUCAUAUUAUAGGUUUUGAGACUCAGAUACUAGUUAUAUUUAUGUCUCUUCCCCAACUCCUACACCCAAGUAGGCAACAUCAUUGAUUGUAUUUUAUGCUUUAAGUAGUAUUUGAGGCAUUAUCUUCUUUUUAUUUGCAUCACUGAACAUUCAGGUUUAAAGCCAAGAGAAGCUAAGUGCAGUGACAAAGCACAUACUCACUUCUUAGGCUCAUGUUCUGAUUCAGUUAAUGAGGGAAGGAGGUCAUAUCUCAUAGAAAUAAGAAUCCCCUUUUCAUCAUUUGAAGCAUUCUCUCUGCCUUUGUCGCUACCCAGCACAAGUAUUGUACACACGUCCCUGGGAAUUCUGCAUCAUUUCAAUUCCGCAGCGUUAUCGAGACUCUGCUGCACUAAUGCUAUGGUGUGUCCUGUUUGAUAUGUGCUAUCCACAGUGAUCGCCAGAUGUGCUUUUCUGUCAUGAUCGAUAUCUGCAUGCUUGCUAUGCUUACUGUCUCUUGCUCAAAUACACAUCACAGUGCCGUGUUGUUUGCAUGACAAAUACCAGAAUAUUAAAUCUUCAGGGCCACAGGAAAAGGCCUUUCAUUGCAGAACAACAGGUUUGCAGAUUUCUUUCCCUGAUCCCACAAAAUUUUCCUUUGCUCCUUCUUGUCCUAGGAACAAAUUUAAACUAUAUUUGAGAAUUUCUAUGUUAACAUUGAUUAAACUAGAAAAAAACACCGUGUGUCAUGGACGCCACGAUCAUUUUGUUGCACUGCUGGUUUAAACAAAGUGUACAUUCAGUGAAAGUAUUGUGGGAAAAUCUUUUCUAGUUUAUGGUUAAGUCUGAUUGUUUGGACUUUGCUUAAAGCUUUCAUGGAUCUUUUGUAUACUCAUACUCUCACAUAUUUUUCUCUUAGGCUAUGUAGUAAUCUUGUUGCCACUUACCAACUAAACGCUGAAAACUGCCAGUUUUACUUAGACCAGAAGAUGCUGAAUAAAAUUAAAUGCCACAUAGAAGAGGGUGCUUAAGGGCUUUCUAAUUUACAAUAUUAUUUCUGCGACAAUAAUACUAAUAAUACAUUUACGCCCAAUUAAUAAGUCACAUUACCUCAAACAAGCCCUCUUUCUUGCAAAGGUGAGGGCAUUCAGUAUGUUUUAAUCUUGACAAGUCAUCUGAGAAAAUGGUCUGUAUAAGGCUGAAAAGUGAAAAUACAUUGUCAGCCUGAAAAAAAACCCACGAAACUUAAUACCCCUAAAAGUCAACUAAGAGCUUGACUUCAAGUAGCAUUAGAUUGAGAUCCAUGCAUUGAAAACAAAUCAGUUUGUUUAGCAGUGUCGCCAUGUAUUACAUACAUAUAGACAAUUGUGUAAAUGUUGAACGUAAUUUCACUCUGUUAUGCACUUUAUUUUUUUCAUUUCUUCUUGGAAAAUGGAAAUAAUUAUAAACAUUCUUGUUUUCAAAUUCUGAUUUAUGCAGUUGUUGUAAGUUGCAAAUGCUACAAGAAAAUUUCUAUGUGAAAAUAUUCUCACUGGCAUUUAAAAGGAAUUACAACAUUUCUGUGAUCUUAGGCUUUGUACAAUUAUCUUUUAGAAAAAUCUAAAUAUUGCACUAGUCUGGAGUUAAUCAAACUCCUAGUGUCCCACAAAGGAUAAUAAAGGCUGUGUUCUAAAUACGGAGGAGAAUGUGAAAAUGUAAUGCCUAGGGUAACUUUAUGGAUUAUGAAGUGCUAAGACCUUGGACUUGCAGUACAUCUACAUAGCACAGUUCAUUCUAAGGAACAUCAGGAGCAGUGUUGCAAGUAUUGGGCCAUCUUUAUUUUUCCAAAGUCUCCAAAAAUAUAUAUUUUUAAAUGAGAGAGUAAUGUAAACUAUGUAAUAUUCUAUUAAAUUAGGUUACAAAUAUCUCCUUAUGCAAAUGUUACUGUUACAAAUUGUUACAUUUCCUUUUAAUAAACAAAAGGGACAAAAUCUUC